AUGACUGAAGAUCCCAAGUUGAAUUCUAUCCAGCAACGGAUCGCCAGCCUCAACCAGUCGCAACUGGCCCACCCACCGGGAGGCCCUCCACCACCAUACCGCCCAAACGCCCAACGGAGCGCCUCAGCCAACAACCCUCCCUCAUACGAUGCAGUCGGCUCCGUGGUGGAUAGAACAUUUGUCGGAAAUGAACCCGCAGAUGAGAGAACCCAGAGGCGGGUCCUGCAAGCGCCUUCAAUGGAAUCGCUCCGGCCUGAAGUGAAACCCAAACCAAAAGCCCCUCCGCCGCUGCCCACGCGAAAAUUAGGUCGCCUGCCUCCUCCUACACCAGCUCGCCCUGCGCUACCACCGCGCAGACCGACGGACCAAAAGCGCAGACCCUCCCUUGAGUCGGUCGCUUCCGAUGCGUCAUAUUCGACAACGUCGACAGCUCUAACUGCAGGGCGGGGCACAUCAACAACAUCGGUGAACUCCACCGUUAGCAAUCGCAUCAAGGCGCCUGCAUGGGGCGAGACAGAAUUGCCUACAUUGCCUCCCCGCCGACCAAAGGAGCAAGCUAGCUUGGAACCGCCCCCGCGGCCUACAAUCAGUAGUAAGAGGAGCUUCGGAAGCCUGUCUGCCCGAUUGACCUCCAAAAUAUCGCUACCGGGCUCCAAACCGCCCGUUCCCCCUCUUCCAAGUCAGCCUCCACGACCCAGUGAACCUCCUCGACCUACGCAGCCCCCUCGGCCUACGCAGCCUCCACGGCCUACGCAGCCUCCGCGGCCUAGUUCGUCUCCAAAUCCUAGCCGGCCACCCCCGCGCUAUGAGGAAGAGGAACCCCCAGUACCUCGACUGCCAGCACGCCGGCCAUCCGCAGUACAUGCAGACACAAAUGGAACCGGUGAUGACUUGAGUGUCAAUCUACCGAUUCGGAAGACAUUACCUCCUCCGCCAACGGCCGCGCAGAUCAAGGACGCUAGGCAGCUCGGGUUUGGCGAUACGACUCCCAAACCCAGCAAAACUCCGCCACCAAUUCCACAUGGCUCCCGUCCGGAUCUAUCCAAAAUUCUGGCUACCAAGCCACGUUUCAAUGGGUCAGCCGUGUCUCCAAGUCCCCCACCCCCCGCGCCAGAUACGGAAUGCUUGGUAUGUCGGGACUUCUCGGGCCCUGAUAAUCAUGCAGCCCAGUACCCUCGUGCAUCGCUUCCCACACAGGAUAUGGCGUGGCUGGCCAAUGCGUUGACAGCACCGUUCCCAUCCAUGACAGACAAGGCACGCGCGAUAUUUACGUGGUUGCACCAUAACAUCUCCUACGAUACAUAUGCCUUCUUUAACCACUGUGUGCAGCCCUCCACACCAGCCAGUACUCUUUCAUCUGGAAUGGCAGUCUGCGAAGGCUACGCAGGACUAUUUGCAGCAUUAGCCACCCACGCUGGUCUAGAGGCAAUAGUAAUCGGUGGCCACGGCAAAGGCUACGGACACACCCCUCUUGCUCCAGGGGCCCGGACCCCCCCGUACCAAGGCAACCAUGCCUGGAACGCUGUCAAAAUCGACGGAGGCCGAUGGAAGCUAAUCGACCCCUGUUGGGGCGCAGGAGCAAUAGAAGAAGGACAGACAUACAAGCAGCGAUUUGAACCAGCGAUGUUCUCAAUUCCGAACGAAGAGUUCGGCCUAAAGCACUUCCCAGAAAACAAACGCCAAUUCUUCCGCGAGGACGGACGUCCCGAUCUAACCUGGGAAGAAUAUAUCCUCACAGACCCAGAUCGACCAAAUGGCGUCGAAGGCCUAAAAGUCUACAGCGAUGCCGACAAGCGCACUCUCGGCCGCAAGACCUUCCAACCACAAGGCUUGCGCAUUUCCAUCAGCACGCCGGGUCCAAUGCGCUUCCAGUUCGGUCUCCUCUGUCCGCACUGGACACUGUCUCGCCACAGCCACAUCCAGCAUGCGGGCUUGUUCCUGCUUAUGAUCCAUGGCGUGGACGGACGAGAGGAUGACAGACUUCCUUUCACACAUGUAUCAGGCUCCGGACCCGCGGGCGGUGGCGAGCUCUGGUAUGUGGAUGUCCCCAGUGCACGUAUGCUUGGUGCGCCUGGUCAGAAGCUGCAGUUGGCUGUGUUGACUAGCUUCGGGGAUCAGAAGGAUGCUAGUGCUGUUACGGCGCAGGAGUUCAAGGAGAAGGUUGGCCGGGUUGGGAUGAGUUGGGCUUAUGUUGCUGAGUGGGAGUUGGUUAGAUAG